AUGUGCGUGUACAAGUAUAUUGGCACAUUCUUGCAGUAUCUUAAGCCCGAGCGAUUUAUAGUCAAAAUCAGUGGGUGUCGCAACCAGCUAUUUGCCCUUCAGGGAGCCCUCAAGUUCAACGGUGGUGGUCACAUCAACCACGACAUUUUCUGGACCAAUUUGGCCCCAACUAACCAGGGCGGCGGCGACUUCCCUUCCGGCAAGCUGUACGAUGACCUUAUCGCCAAGUGGGGUUCAGUAGAGGCCUUCCAGAAGGACAUGGCUGCCAAAACCGCUGCUGUUCAGGGAUCCGGAUGGGGAUGGUUGGGCUACGACAAGGUGAACAAGUCCCUCAAGAUUCAGACAUGUGCCAAUCAAGACCCUCUGGAGGCCACUACCGGGCUCAUUCCUCUGCUUGGUAUUGAUGUGUGGGAGCACGCAUACUACUUGCAGUACAAGAAUGUGCGCCCCGACUACCUGAACGAGAUCUGGAAGAUCGUCAACUGGCAGAAUGUUGCUGAGCGAUACAACAAGGCUCAGUAAAUUAGGCUGCUGAGUCUGCCUUGCCCUUAAUACUGGCAUGCUGUGACAAGAUUUAUUAACUCUUGACCGACAAUAAGGGCCUUUCUAAAAGGAAAUGGUAGCUGAUAAACAAUUAUGUUAUUUGAACAGUCGAUGUAAUUGCACAUACAGAACGAAACUCAAAUACCCGAGUGCUCGUGAGAAAAAUGAAUAGCUCUCUAAGUCAUCUGAAUUUGGGUUGAGAAACAGUCGCAUGCAGACAGAAAUACGUGGCAGCGUGACAUGCUUAUGAAAUAUAUUCAG